CUUCGACAAUCGAGAUUCAAUAUGGCUGACGUGUCGGGAUCGAGUGCCUCGCAAGUCGUAAGAAUGUCUCGUUUUCCUGAGAUAAUUCUGUUGUUCAGUGGCAAAAGAAAAUCGGGGAAGGAUUAUAUCACUGACAUAUUGUUCAAAACACUGGAUUCAGACGACAUCGCUAUGAUAAAAAUCUCAGGUCCAAUAAAGAGACACUGGGCGAAAACUCGUAGACUCGAUUUCAAUAAAUUACUCACCGACGGGGAAUACAAGGAGAAUCAUCGACGUGAGAUGAUCAAGUGGGGUGAAGACAUCAGGAACAAGGAUCCCGGGUAUUUCUGUCGGGCGGCCAUUGACAUGUAUAACGCCAAGGGGAAGAGAAUUUGGAUUGUCAGUGAUGUUAGGAGAAAAACCGAUUUAAAAUGGUUCAGGGAGAAUUUUCCACAGAAAUGUAAGAGCAUUCGGAUAAAAUGUCCAGAUCAUAUUCGGAGUCAACGUGGAUGGAUUUUUACUAAAGGAGUUGACGAUUGCGAAACCGAGUGCGAUUUAGACGACGUCGAGGGCUGGAAUUUAACUAUUGUUAAUGCAGGCGAAAGCCCUGAAGGUAUCAUAGAAUUACUGCUUAGUCUCAUUAGGACAGAAUUGGAGCGGCUAGAAAGCGACGCUGCGAGGUAUGGUGGGUAUUCCCUGCACUAAAAAAAAUGGCCGUCCGAUGGUUUAUCGUUGGUACUUCAAUCAAUUACUUUGCAAAUUCUCAAGUUUUUCUAAAAUAUGACACCAUCGGAACUUCGAGCACAACAAUAAAAAACAAUACAGAAAUGAAUGAGUCGAAGAGGAACUACUACUGUCAGCUCCAAUGUGAGGGUUUGAACAAGUUUGAACGGGUAAACCAUCGGUCGUCCAUGUUAUGAGGGCGAUCACCACGCCGCCAUCGGUAAAUAGCGGUCCCAAUAGGUCCAAUUAGCUUCAAAAAUUGUCAUUCCAUUGUUGGGAAUAUAUUUUUUUAAGUAGAAAUCAAUGGCAAUUUUUCGAUAUAUACAUUUUUAUAGAAAAGAUUCAACAGAUGUUGCUGUCUCUGUAUUCAAUGCAUUCCAUUUCAAUUCAGGGGCAUUAAUUUCCCAUAUUUUUUUUCCUGGAUAUUGUAAUGAGGAACAAUGAAUAAUACAGCGGCAGGCAUUUAUAUAACAAAAAACUACGGACAAUAAUUGACAAUUUGAAUAGUUUCCAUGACAUAUCUACCAAAGAAGGAAUCCCUAUUCCUUCUUUGGUAGAUAUAGAAUUAAUCAAAAUAGUCCUUGGGACUUUUAAUAGAAUUUGAAUAGAAUUGUUCUAGUUUUUUCUACCAUAUGUUCUUACACGUGAAUUGUAGAAAUAAUAAAAAUGGGAAAAAAAUUGCGAAAAUUA